GUAUCUCGAUCUACCUUGCACUCCAGCCUGUACCUGCAGAAUCAACUGACAAAGGAAGAAACAAGUCAUAUUUUUUUUACAAAUAGAACAGUACUGAGCCUUAUGCAAAGGUAAUUGUACUUUUGAUCUUUUCACACCUUGAUAGACAUUCUUUACACCUUUGUAAAGCUGCUAGUGUGGUUGUAUGCCUUUUUAUCUAAAACCAAUGUCCUUAUCGUAACUGGUAUACGUACUGCGUAAUAGUCCAACCGGAAAUUCCAAGUAAUGAGCUAACAAAUUAAGCUAAUUUAGAAAGAGUUUGUUCUUUUCUCGAUAUUAACAAAUGAAGGUUGGAAUAUACUGUACUGAAAUGGACUCUCAAGGAGUAAAAUUGUAACAGAAGUCUGUUCAAGGCUGUUCACAUUCUCCGCUAAGAGUCUGUCUUGGAAUCGUGACUGCUUCAUCACAGUUGACCCACUGUAUCACACAGGGUACAACACUUUAUCUCCAGUAACAAACAGUAGAGGCUGAGGUUGGUAGAUAAGUGUUGGCCCUUGUUAGGCGCUGUUAAGCUUGAGACAGCAGUCCGGCCUAGGGACGAGACAGUCACGUGGUGACACACGGCGGUGCCAGAGUCUCAGCGCUCGUGACGGAGGUCGCUAUGAUCGAAGGAGGGACACCAACGGAUCCUCGGACGUCAGCAACAUCGGAGGGCCCCUAAACAGUACUGAUAAAACUAGAAUUAAGGUUUUUUAAAAGUAGGUUUAAGAACCUUUAGCCUUCAAUAUUUAUUUAAAUCAAUUAUUUUCAGUGAAAAGUUUAACAUUCUACAAUUGAACAAAAGAAAAACAGGAAAGCAGCCACACUUUUCAAGUAUUAUACAAGAUUUUUGUACUUUCAGUAUUAUUUUGUGUAAUGGUAUUUGUACAUUAAUACAAAUAUCUGUUGUCUGGUGCCUAUAUUUAACAAUUGUCAGCAAAUAUUGGAGAAACAGUUCUGUAAAGCAAAUCAGUUUAGUUUAAGUGGUAAUUGUACAUAUUGUUAAGUUAUUGAUACAUCGUAGCCUGGCGAUGGCUAUAUGCUUUGGUUAUGUCAGCAAACAGAGGAAGAAUGGCUCGUUUAAAGUGGUUUCUUCAGCCCAUUGUUCCAUCCUGGUUCAAGGUUUGCUUUAUCACAUCAUGCCUGGAAAUCUGGCUCUCCUCACCAUAUAUUUCUGCUCUCUCCGCUCAAGAUGACAAGAUCACGUGCUCUGUACCACCUGUCCAACUACUUCAGAAAACUUUUCUCACCUGUCACUUUCCUGAGGACAUUAGCGUCACAAAGAAAGACUUUAAUGUUUACCACUACAAUAAGGGUGCUGACUCGGAUGCUGUGUUAGACUGCUGGUGGAUGAGUGCUAACAUGGAGUGCAUUGUACUCCCGGGGUAUGCCUACAACAAGACAGUAAACACAGAGCUGACUGUUACUCUCUUAAAUGUCACCUCAUCCCACACAGGCAUCUACGCUUGUCAAGUGGCCGGCUAUCCAACAAAUUCUUUUAUAACUUGUCAGUUCAAUGCAAUACAUGUCAACAGCCCUUUGGAGACUACACUACCUGGGGCAGAAACAUCUCAAAGUGAUAGUCCAAUCGUCAAGCCGGUCCUGAUUGGUCUGUCAGUAGGGCUUACUAUGACAAUGUUAAUUGUUGGAGUUCUCCUCUUACUCAAACGCAAAAGAAUAAUUCGUUCCCGUAUGAGGAGACCAAGAAAGAACUAUGAAGAUGGCGGAGACUUCAGUACGUCGUUAAUACAAAGCGACGCCUAUCUUGAGCUUAAGGCGAAGACUAACGAGUUUGAGGAAUAUCUCGAGACCACAAGUAGAAAGAUGUAUCCGAACAUACUUGAGACUCUUUAUUUCGUGCCACCAGUUUAUUUCAACAAAACUGAAGGCUCAGUGCAGUAUGUUGCUGACCAAACUGUCUACGUGUAUACUCGUCCUGACCGUCAGAAUGCCAUACAUGACCAAGCCAUGCAAUACCUAAUACUCUGCUUACGUCAAGUGGGAGAACAAAAACCAGAAGAAAUGUUUGUCUUGACACAGUUUAGCUUCGAUGAUUAUUUAAAUAAUCCCUGCCAUGACUAUGAAGAGAACCUCCUACCGAUGCCUGCCGGUAUAGACUACAAUAGGGACAUAGUCUGCUUUCACUUCAUUAUAAUUCAUCGACAUAAGGGUGUGCUGAUCGGAAUGGUCGAAGUUGUAAAUGAGACGUGUGAUGAAAGCCAAUUUAAAAGCCAGAAACAAGACGAAAUAAUGGCCGAAGUGCCCCAUGACAUCGUACGACUAGAAGAGGCAUGCCGCGUUUUCAAACACCUUAUGUCCGAUCAGAGAGAGUUUCUCGAAAUUCGAAAGGUUUUGAUAUUAUUCAAUUUUAUAGGGUCGAAGGAAGGCAGAUUCAAGCACGUCAGUGAGAAUGAAAACAUAGCAUUUUGCUAUGGUCGGCUGCCUGAUGCUGACAGCGUUUGGAGUGUUGAUGACCAUCUAGCCAGGCAGUUAUCAUCAUUGCUUAACUCAACAACACACGAAACUCCAGAUGAAGCCAGAAUGAGUGAUGAUAUCUAUCUGAAGAUGAUAUCCAGAUUUUGUGGACCUGCAACUACAUCCACACUCUCAGUUUUCUUUGAUUCAAGACCCCACAUAUUGCCUAAGACGCUAGACCAAGCAGUGUCCAUGACAGGAGACUUUUUUGAGCGGUUCACUCUGUACCCGGGGAUGAAAGAGUUACUUCAUGAACCUCUGGUAUGCCUUGUUGGGCCACCGUGCACUGGAAAAACGAAAAUGUUGACUUUAGCUGGGAAGAAAUGGCUAUCUGAGGGACAUGAUGUACACAUAAAAUGCUCAUUUGAAGGAGGUGCUAUAUCUAAUCAGCUGCAGAAGAUCUUCGAAUCACAGCCAUCAAACGUAGGACGUGUCACCCUUACUCACAGAUUAUCCAAAAUUACAAGUGAAAAGCGACUUUUAAUCGUUUAUGAUGAGCUCCGUUUUCCAAAGUUUGAACCGUCCGACAACUUCUUUUUACGUUUCCUGAAAGGCUACGCAAAUCCUCUCGUCACUGGCUCACUUGCUCAUUACAGCGAAGAUGGAAAUCGCUGUUGGAUGGCAACCUGCUCGAAAACACGUAUCAAUGUACCAAAUUUCAAAACCGUAUUUUUCGAUAUUCCAUUAAGUUGUCCUCCUGCAGUACUAAGAGAGGAAAACAGAUGUAUAAGCGUGAAGUCUUACAAUUAUUUCCUGCACCCACCUCCAACCGAUGGUCCACCCGUGCUGCACAUUCGCCAUAUGGGACCUGGCCACUUCGAGAGAGCAGAACCUAGUGACUGUGUUACAUGUGGAAAUCAGAUUCUCAAGUUCUUAACAGAAGUCCUUCACCUUGUUGGUGCUGAACAAAGCUUCACCAUCGAGGAGACAAAGACAUCUGUGGAAAAUCAAAAUGUCCAAUCAAGGAUAGAGCCACUACCCCUAAAGUUCAGCGACCUCUUACUUCUGUUUGGAAAUGACAUAGAUAAUGACACACCAAUGGUUAAUAUUCUUGUAACUGCAGGUAUCCCAGUGCUGGUUAUCAGCCAAAAGAAGCAGUUGCGUGCCAUGAUGCAAGAGAAGAACACUGCAUUAGCGGCAAAUGCUAAACUUCUUCUGGGACUAAAGAGAAAGAUUGUCGUGUUUGUAGAGGGGAUGAAAAGAGACGACGAUGCAAACUAUAUCGAACUGCGUGGAAUCACUAGUUGCACAUCUCAGCUUGUUUUGGUUCACAUGGUCUAGGACACACACGUCCCAAAAAUUCUCAGUAAUUUGUGAUUGAUGACAAUUUUUUUGAAUCCAUUCAUUGUGCUUAUACUCUUUCAGUAUAUUUGUGAUUUUUAUUGUUUCAGUGUCGAAUGGUAAUAGAAAAGAAUGAAUGAGGGAAUGAAAGAUUAUCAAAGGAGAAACAGAUUUAAUAGUGACAAUACUGUAAUAUAAGUAUUCUUUGUUUAUUUUAUGAAGAAAUCAAUAUUUAACAUAAUAAAUGUUCUUAAAUGUUUCUUUAGAUUAGAAAAUAUUUACAUUACUUUUUUUCUUGUACAUAUAGAAAACAAUUACACAGUGAGACAGAACUUGUGUUAGCCUCAUAAAAUAUGACUUAGGUAGAUUGAUUGAUAUAUUGCACAAGAUAGAAGAAUCUCAUGCAAUCAAUGUUGCAUCAUGGCUAAACCGCGAGCACAGUAAAGAGUUGUAAUGCGCUGGUUGUAAGUGUUCUGUCAACAUGUUAACCUGAAAGUAGAUGUUAUACUUACCUACUGUAAUUAAAGGCCUUUAUUAUAUGAUUGCUGGUGGGUGAAUCGAUUAAAUAAUACUAAUUUGCUUUUUAAAAGUAUACAGCAAUCUUUAGCAGAAAACUUUGAAAGAUAUUCAGAUAUUUCAACAGCAAUACUGCUAUUCUGAAAAAUGUUGUAUAUAACAUAUUAUGGUUGUCUCAUUUAUUUUUAAGGUGUCUUUAAUGCCCUUGAUUUUUAUUGUUUUAUCCUUAUUUGGACUGUCGGGCAUUUUUAUUGCACAACAAUUUCUUAAAAAAUAAACUUACUUGGAAAGGGAAUAUAGAGCACUGUAAACGAUCCCAAAGGACAUUAAUUUCAAGUUAAAACUUUAUUUGAAAGCUACUCAGUUUUGUAUGUGUAUCCUUACUUUUUUAUACCUAAAAUGGAAUGUAUUAGACAUCUGCCAAUUACUGUUUUUAAACCUGACAUCUUGUUUAACAUAAUAACCAAAUCAUUGUCUUUACUUGACAGAAAUGCAUUUAAAGUGAAAGUUAUUAAAAUUUUUGUGUUAAUUAAAAGGAGUAAAUAAAAUUGU